AUCAUUAUCACGUGGAUUAGUGAGCGAUACUGAAAUUGUGAGCGAUACAUUGAAAAUGGCGUCGAAGUGACAUGAACUUUAUGGAUAGAACUUGAAUUAACCUAAGAAUAACGCAGUAUUGAAGACUUUUGGCCUAAGGAGACUACUGCAAGGCUACUUUCAUACUGCCCUGAUUAUGGAGGAAGUGUAAAAGUAGGACUUGAUGGUGGUGAUCAUGAAUGGUGAGGUCAAGGCAGGACACAAUGGUCAUCUUGAGGAUAGAAAUUAUGAAGUGGAAGUCUGUGUCAAGUUUCCUGAGGGAGUACUAAAGAAACUGUUCUUGUUUGAUGACCAAGAAAGAAUAUGGCUUGCCAAGCUACAAGUCAUUAGUGAGCUAGCUAAGGGUGUUAAAGAUGCAUUGAAUUAUGGAUUUUAUGAGCCUCCUUGCAAUGGUAGAUCUGGCAAAUUUCUCGAUGAGGAGCGGACAUUCAGGGAGUACCCUCAGCGUGUGAAACCUGCACAGCUAGAGUUCAAGUACAAGCGGAGAGUGUACAAGUCCUUGCAAUAUGAUGCAAAGGCUCUUCAGAAAGUUCACACAAAGGGUAACCUCAAGAAGUUGUUGGAUGCAGUUUCCUUGGGCUCAAUCCCCCAAGUGACCAAACUGACAGACAAGGGCCUGGAUCCUAACUUUCAGGAGGACAAAACUGGAGAGACCCCCCUGACUAUUGCAGCAAUGGGGGAUCAAGGCAUGGACCUGAUCAUGUCGCUUGUAAAUGGUGGCGCGCACCUUGACUACCGGGCGGGGGACGGGCUGACCUCCGUGCACAAGGCGGCCAUCAAAGGCAAGGUCAACUCACUCAAGACUUUGUUGGACCUUGGAGCCUCGCCAAAUUACCGUGACGGGAAGAACUUGACCGCCCUGUAUUACACAGUACUCUACGGGGCUGACCCAUACUGCUGUGAAAUCCUGCUGAAUGACCAGGCGGAGAUGGGUGUGAUGGACCAUCAAGGCAUGCAGGAAAUACACCAUGCGUGCAAGAAUGGCAGAGUGCAGCAUCUGGAGCAUCUACUGUACUACGGUGCAGAUAUCAAUGUAACCAACGCCUCAGGGAAUACACCCCUCCACAUAGCAGCCUGCAACAACCAGGAGGACUGUGCGCAUGUAUUGCUGUUUCGCGGCGCUAGAAGAGACAUAUUGAACUACGCCAAUCAAUCGGCGUACAACAUGGCGGCCAUGGGAGGGAACAAUGAUCUUGCAGAGUACAUCCGAAACUACCAUGACGGUCAGAUAGUCAAAAUCUCCAGUAAACCGACCUACAGCACCCGACGUCGGAAAACGCUCGUAAGACCCCGAGCGAACUCGCUAUUCGAUCGGGCGCCUUCGGACAGCCAAUUGUCCAUUCGUAGCGGGUCGUCGGGCUCUUCCACGCACAGUAUUCCUAGUAUCAUUGGCGACACGAUCUCAUUAGCCGACCAAGAACCGAGCGGGGAAGGUAGGGUCCAGCGUAGCGCUUCUAUUGACUCUACAGCGUCCGACUCUUCGUACGACUCCGGGUCUGGGCCCGAACUCUCUCCGAAUGAGCAUCGAUCGCAUGCUAAAGCGAUACGGUCGCGAAGUCGAGGUACGGACGUAUACGAUGGGCGUUCGGCGCCGCCGGUGAAAAUGAUAUCUGGCGGCGCAACGAUGCGUAAGCGACUGUACGCGAGUAUGCCUGGCAAGAGAUUCAUCGCAGUCAAGGAGUACAAGCCGAAUAUGGGCGGCGAACUGGCGCUUAACAAGGGUGACAUUGUAGAAGUGUUGUAUGUCGGUGAGAAAGGAUUCUGGGAAGGGCGUGUUGACGGCAGGAAUGGUUGGUUCCCGCACACCUGUGUUGAGGAGGUGAAAUCAGAAAAACCAAGGCGUCACACGUUAUUCAACCGACCCUCUUCUAUUACUUCAAUCUACGCCAAGAGCGAUGGGCCGUCAAUAGAUGCUGGUCAUAUGCCGCCUCCUAGAGUUGUAACACUAUACCGAGGCAAUCAGGGAGGAUUUGGAUUCCAGAUGAGAGGUGCCAACUCUCAAACCCCAAGACUAGAUUUCCAGCCCACGCUUGAGUUCCCCGCCUUACAGUACAUCGGGGAAGUUGAACGCGGAGGGGAGGCCGACAGGAAGGGCGUCAAGUGCAAGGACUUUAUUCUCGAGGUGGAAGGGGAGGACGUUACCACGGCAACGCAUACCCACGUGGUGGAGCUGAUCAGGAGAAGCGGGACAUCGGUCACCCUGAAGAUUAUGACGGUCCCCCCCGCAGUCAACGGUCUACCGUACGAUGAUGCCCUUUCUUGCGGUUCAUUACGACUACCAGGGAAAAAGCCACCUCCACUACCGGCACGUGACCCGUCCACCACGCUCACACUUGGACGCUUGCGCACUAACAGCCGCCCGUCACUCUUCGAUACGGGUCUGAACCAUGAUGAGCCCGCCAACUUGGGUGUGGACAGCGUUAUAACUGUAACGAAAGACUCGCCCUGGCAUACGCUCCAACGUCGCAAAUCAAGCAACGCACGCGCUGCUGCACAAUUCAAAUUCAACGGGAAAACCAAGGCCAGUCGCACGCCGCCGAAUCAACCUAUUGAGCGAUCUCACUCCAUGCAAAAUAUCCCCAUAGCGCCAAAUACUGAACCAAUCAGGAGGCGUCCCGUGAGCACGGCUGUCCCGUAUAAAAUCCCGCAGGUUCCCGAUCACAAAAUCCAUUUGUCGCGCUCUAUGUCCGAGGAUCCUGGCAAGCUCUCCGUGAGAACGCAGCUUAGCAGUCACUCCACCCCAGACAUGGCAAUUCAACCGCCUCCAGCACCGGACUACAUACCUUUGCGGGAUUACGACGUCUUAGACAACGAUACCAUCUUAGCGGCCACGCCUGGAAGCAGAGCCCCUUUUGUUGAGAGGCGUGGGUCCAAGCAAGAUAUCCCUAUUAUCGCGACGCCUUGUACGAGUGCGCCAUAUGCGGAAAGGCCUAUUUCUCGGCAGGAUGUUCCUAAUCUCGCCAUGCCUGGUACGCCUGGUCGUAGGGACUCCUAUGUUGAGACAUCCAUGUCCAGUCGUGAUGCUCCCAUUAUCGCAACGCCCAUAGAGGUAACAAACAACGAGGAGACAAGGUCGCGAGACGAUGGCUCCUCCGCUAGUGACAGGCGUCACAGCCUGGACUCUAGUAGACCCGUUUCGCUCUCAUCCGCCCUGCAACAAGCUGUAGCGGCAAGAACCAAGCGAAUGGACAAGAGGCUGACCCAGUGCUCUGAUGAGUUCGAUCAGCGCACGCGUAAGGCCAGUGCACCUGCCAAGAUUACGGCAAGGACUCGGGCAAUGGACAAGGUACGCUCGGAUAUCAUGGCGAAGCUGAACGAUGAUAAUUUGCAUGAGGGCAGCCUGAACAGUGGUAACGAGCAUAGUACGCAAGUGCGAAAUACUACUCAAGCUAAACCUCCCCAGCCCCCUCCCGUACCUAGUGUCCAGGCCCCUCCUGCUCCCCCACCAGCCCCGCCAACCAUGGGCUUGAAACGCAACCAGCAACCCGAAAAACCUGUCAAGCAACAGGAAAAACUGGUUAAAAAGAAUAAUAUUCCCAUGACUCCUGUACUGUCGGGCCUUAUCACCACUGACGCGUUGAACGCCAAACGGGGGAAACUCAAGUCUGUGGAUAGCCAACCUGCGCGCGCAUCGAAGCCUAGUAUACAGCCCUUGGGCAAGCUGGGUGGACAUAGCAACAAGACAACGCCGACAUUCGGCUCCCAGCACUCGGAUAUGCUCGCUAAGGCUGUGGCUGCGCGCGCGGCCAGACUCGCCGCGGAGGCUGAGCAUCCCGACUCCCCCUCCUCAUGGGACGACGAGCCCAAUGAUUCAACCAAUAUCCCCAUCAACCGACCAGCCAAUGAUUCACCCAAUAUCCCCAUCAACCGACCAGCCAAUGAUUCACCCAAUAUCCCCAUCAACCGACCAGCCAAUGAUUCACCCAAUAUCCCAAUCAACCGACCAGCCAAUGAUUCACCCAAUAUCCCAAUCAAUCGACCAGCCCAAGACAGCAAGCCGGCACGGAAACCACCGCCCCCGGUGCCGCCCAAAAAGAAAAGCCCUUCCCCGAGACAUAAGCCUAUAUUUAUCCGAACAGAAUCUGAUUCUUCUCCUCGAAAGUCAUUAUUUCCUCCUACGUCAAUCGAUAACUCGCCGGAGCGCUUAGAGCCCGGUGUGAAUACAGAAGAAGAUCGUACCAUGAUGUUGUUUGAUGACAUGAUCCGUCGAGAAGUUGAGAGCGAGAACUGGAGCUUGAAUUCGUGGAACAGUAGCGACUCUAAUUCUGCUAUGGAAGUUGUUACUCCCCCUGUAUCCUUCCAGGGGAGUAGUGACGAAAAUGGGGUACUUAAGUCAAGCGGGGGGAGUCACACUCGACCUUGGUACGAGUACAGCUCUGGCUCCCCGUCUGAGGAGAGCUUAAAUGCAAGCACCGAGCGUAUCCGAACUGGGUUCUCCCUAGAAGAUGUACGGGGGAGGGGUGGAAUUGAGGAGGUUGAAACUGAACCCCCUAGCCCCAACAAGCACCAGGAAAAUUCUGUGAAUGUAAAUCCUAGCUCGCCUUUACGUACCAAUAAAUUCUCGACACUUGGGAAUGCAACAGAAGGCGUCAAUACGGAUGGAAAUACGGGUAAUAGGCCCAAUUUAGCGCCCCUUAUUACUUCCUCGUCUGCAGGAAGGAGGCAGGAACAAGCGACACUCGACACACAUUCUGUUAUCACUUCCUCGCCUGCAGGGAGCGCGCAGGACACACCAGGCGACGUGGACGAGCUUGUGGAGAGAACUAUCACAACGUCGACAGGACUCAAAAUCAAACUCAUGCUGAAAAAGGAUAGGUCAGGGGGGUCUUCCCCUGUGAGCCCACGGUCACCGUCACCGUGUGAGCCACGCUUGCCUUUGGAGUCGCGCUCUCCAUUUGAGUCAAACUCUUCCUUCCAGUCACGCUCGACCACUGAGUCACGCUCAUCCGCCGAGUCACGGUUGCCUGCUGAGUCACGCUUGCCGGCUGAGUCACGCUUGCCUUAUGAGUCACACUCCCCUUAUGAGUCCCGUUAUCCGACAGAACCCUCCUCAGCCUACCCUAUUACGGUCAUCAAGACUCUCCCUGCACCACCUAAGGUAUCUGCCAAACCCGCCACUGCACCCAAGCCAGCGGGUAUUCUUGCGAAACCGUUUAAACCUGUUGUAACACCACCCAGCUUCGACUCGUACCUUGAUCACGUCGCCGAAAGGGGAGUAGAUGCGGACGAGGAAUUUGACCUCCCUCCUCCUCCUGACGAGUUCAACGAUGAUUCCCGCUUUCUUGAGAUCCCAUCCCCUAGCCUGCCCCCACCGCCCGAGUUUCUACAGGAGGACGAGAUUUCACAUGAUCACUUGAGCAGUGAGUUAAUACCACCGCCGCCACUACCGGAACUCGACCAGAAUAAAGUCAUUAGUGCGCCUACUGCCUUCAAAUCUUCCCCUAAACGGGAACACUUCCUGGUCAAGCCUCUGACGGAGUGGUCAUGUGACGAUGUCUGCUCGUGGCUUGAGUCCCUGGGCUUCCACCAAUACGUAGAAACAUUCCGUGAAAACGACAUACAAGGUUGCCACUUACCAGAACUCAGCAAAGCCGAGAUGAAAGAGCUUGGAGUCAAGAGUCUCGGCCACAGGAUGACCAUGGAAAAUUCAGUGGCUAAACUUACCCACCCUCUAGAAUCCAACUGCUAACCACAGGGUGACCAUGGUGAACUCAGUGGCUAAACUUACCCACCCUCUAGAAUCCAACUGCUAACCACAGGGUGACCAUGGUGAACUCAGUGGCUAAACUUACCCACCCUCUAGAAUCCAACUGCUAACCACAGGGUGACCAUGGUGAACUCAGUGGCUAAACUUACCCACCCUCUAGAAUCCAACUGCUAACCACAGGGUGACCAUGGUGAACUCAGUGGCUAAACUAACCCACCCUCUAGAAUCGAAUUGCUAACCACAGGGUGACCAUGGUGAACUCAGUGGCUAAACUUACCCACCCUCUAGAAUCCAACUGCUAACCACAGGGUGACCAUGGUGAACUCAGUGGCUAAACUUACCCACCCUCUAGAAUCGAAUUGCUAACCACAGGGGGACCAUGGUGAACUCAGUGGCUAAACUUACCCACUUUCUAGAAUCCAACUGCUAACCACAGGGUGACCAUGGUGAACUCAGUGUCUAAACUAACUCACCCUCUAGAAUCGAAUUGCUAACCACAGGGGGACCAUGGUGAACUCAGUGGCUAAACUUACCCACCCUCUAGAAUCAAGCUGCUAACCACAGGGUGACCAUGGUGAACUCAGUGGCUAAACUAACCCACCCUCUAGAAUCGAACUGCUAACCACAGGGUGACCAUGGUGAACUCAGUGGCUAAACUUACCCACCCUCUAGAAUCGAAUUGCUAACCACAGGGGGACCAUGGUGAACUCAGUGGCUAAUCUCACCCACCCACUGAAAUCAAGCUAUUGCAAAAAACAUAGUCACCACAGGAUGACCAACGAAUCUAAAAACACAGCCUUGUUAUGUCACGUGUUUACAUAAAAAUCAAGACGAGAUAAAAAGGGAAGAGCCAAGUUAAUAUAGAGUUUAUUAAGAUGGUAAGGCUACUCUUAACGAGUAAAUAGAGACUUUUGUAUUGUAAAUAAGCAUAGAUUUAUCUUUGAUUGAAUAAGCAACUAUUUUUCUACGAUUAAACAAUUAAUUUGAGUCA